GGUAAUAAAUGCAGGGAAGAGCACGCACAAUGAAGAUCAAGCCAGCUGUGAAGUCCUCUUUGUCAAGAAGAAAGCUGGAGGCGCUAAUUCUACACCAAACAAGAACUCCUCAACAAAACGGAGGUCGUCAUUGCCCAAUGGAGAAGGUCUCCAGCUGAAAGACAAUUCGGACACAGAUGGGAUCAACCUGUACUACUGGUCCCUGUUUGAUGGACACGCUGGGUCGGGGGCAGCUGUGGUCGCUUCCAAACUGCUGCAGCACCAUAUCCUGGAGCAGCUGCAGGAGAUCGUGGACAUCCUGAGGAACACGGCGGUCCUGCCGCCCACGUGCCUAGGAGAGGAGCCUGACAACCCGGCCACCAACAGCAGGACGCUGACACGGGCAGCCUCCCUGCGUGGUGGUGUGGGGCCCCCAGGCUCACCCAGCACCCCUCCAACACGCUUCUUCACCGAGAAGAAGAUCCCACAUGAGUGCCUCGUUAUUGGGGCCAUAGAAAGUGCAUUCAAGGAAAUG